UGCACUGCACGGAGCGCCUCGCGGCGGCUCGGGCUCGGGGCCGCGGCCGGCGUUCCGGGUUCAGCGCUGCCUCCCUGGCCGUGCGCCGCACCCCGCCGCGAUCCGGCCGCGCGUGGUGUCUGCGGCCCGCCUGUGCGCCGCCCGGUGCAGCGUCUGCCGGGGUGGUGUGUCCCAGGGCCGCGAGCGCCUGCCCCCUCCCUCCCCUCCCCCUUGGCCCGCUCUCAGACUCAGAUAAAGCAUUUCCUUCCAUUGUCAUCCUACCCGGCCGGCCGGGCUGCCAGGGCCCUCCCCCUCUCGGCCCCCUCCCUUCCUCUCGCCGUCUCACAGUCGCUCUGCAGCCUCCGGCGACUGGGGGGAUGUGAGGCCGGUGCCCCAGCCCCCCGCCCCGCCAUGAGCCCCCCGCUCUGAGGGCCCCGGCCCCUGGAUGCACAGCCCCGGCGCUGAUGGGACCCAGGUGAGCCCGGGUGCCCACUAUCGCAGCCCCACUGGCACAGGGUACUUUCCUCGACAUUUUAGGAGAGACACCGAUUUAUUCAUUGAUUCUAUGUUUGUGGAGUGCCUGUCAUGUGGCUGCCCCAGGCCCUGUGCAGACACACCAGGCCCUCAGCCCCAGCCCAUGGACCUGCGGGUGGGCCAGCGGCCCCCAGUGGAGCCCCCACCAGAGCCCACAUUGCUGGCCCUGCAGCGUCCCCAGCGCCUGCACCACCACCUCUUCCUAGCAGGCCUGCAGCAGCAGCGCUCGGUGGAGCCCAUGAGGCUCUCCAUGGACACACCGAUGCCCGAGUUGCAGGUAGGACCCCAGGAACAAGAGUUGCGGCAGCUUCUCCACAAGGACAAGAGCAAGCGAAGUGCUGUAGCCAGCAGCGUGGUCAAGCAGAAGCUGGCGGAGGUGAUUCUGAAAAAACAGCAGGCGGCCCUAGAGAGAACAGUCCAUUCCAACAGCCCCGGCAUUCCCUACAGAACCCUGGAGCCCCUGGAGACGGAAGGAGCCGCCCGCUCCAUGCUCAGCAGCUUUUUGCCUCCUGUUCCCAGCCUGCCCAGUGACCCCCCAGAGCACUUCCCUCUGCGCAAGACAGUCUCUGAGCCCAACCUGAAGCUGCGCUAUAAGCCCAAGAAGUCCCUGGAGCGGAGGAAGAAUCCACUGCUCCGAAAGGAAAGUGCGCCCCCCAGCCUCCGGCGGCGGCCUGCAGAGACCCUCGGAGACUCCUCCCCAAGUAGUAGCAGCACGCCUGCGUCAGGGUGCAGCUCCCCCAAUGACAGCGAGCACGGCCCCAAUCCCAUCCUGGGCUCGGAGGCGCUCUUGGGCCAGCGGCUGCGGCUGCAGGAGACUUCUCUGGCCCCGUUCGCCUUGCCGACAGUGUCCUUGCUGCCCGCAAUCACGCUGGGGCUGCCCGCCCCUGCCAGGGCUGACAGUGACCGCAGGACCCAUCCGACUCUGGGCCCUCGGGGGCCGAUCCUGGGGAGCCCCCACACUCCCCUCUUCCUGCCCCAUGGCCUGGAGCCCGAGGCUGGGGGCACUUUGCCCUCUCGCCUGCAGCCCAUUCUCCUCCUGGACCCCUCAGGCUCUCAUGCCCCGCUGCUGACUGUGCCCGGACUUGGGCCCUUGCCCUUCCACUUUGCCCAGUCCUUAAUGACCACCGAGCGGCUCUCCGGGUCAGGUCUCCACUGGCCACUGAGCCGGACUCGCUCAGAGCCCCUGCCCCCCAGUGCCACCGCUCCCCCACCGCCGGGCCCCAUGCAGCCCCGCCUGGAGCAACUCAAAACUCACGUCCAGGUGAUCAAGCCAGGGGUCUCCCCUCCCCAGAGGUCAGCCAAACCGAGUGAGAAGCCCCGGCUGCGGCAGAUACCUUCGGCUGAAGACCUGGAGACAGAUGGUGGGGGACCGGGCCAGGUGGUAGACGAUGGCCUGGAGCACAGGGAGCUGAGCCAUGGGCAGCCUGAGGCCAGAGGCCCUGCUCCUCUCCAGCAGCACCCCCAGGUGUUGCUCUGGGAACAGCAGCGACUGGCUGGGCGGCUCCCCCGGGGCAGCACCGGGGACACUGUGCUGCUUCCUCUGGCUCAGGGUGGGCACCGGCCUCUGUCCCGGGCUCAGUCUUCCCCAGCCGCACCUGCCUCACUGUCAGCCCCAGAACCUGCCAGCCAGGCCCGAGUCCUCUCCAGCUCAGAGACCCCUGCCAGGACCCUGCCCUUCACCACAGGGCUGAUCUAUGACUCGGUCAUGCUGAAGCACCAGUGCUCCUGCGGUGACAACAGCAGGCACCCAGAGCACGCCGGCCGCAUCCAGAGCAUCUGGUCCCGGCUGCAGGAGCGGGGGCUCCGGAGCCAGUGUGAGUGUCUCCGAGGCCGGAAGGCCUCCCUGGAGGAGCUGCAGUCGGUCCACUCUGAGCGGCACGUGCUCCUCUACGGCACUAACCCGCUCAGCCGCCUCAAACUGGACAACGGGAAGCUGGCAGGGCUCCUGGCACAGCGGAUGUUUGUGAUGCUGCCCUGUGGUGGGGUUGGGGUGGACACUGACACCAUCUGGAAUGAGCUGCAUUCCUCCAAUGCAGCCCGCUGGGCCGCUGGCAGUGUCACUGACCUCGCCUUCAAAGUGGCUUCUCGUGAGCUGAAGAAUGGUUUCGCUGUGGUGCGGCCCCCAGGACACCAUGCAGAUCACUCAACAGCCAUGGGCUUCUGCUUCUUCAACUCAGUGGCCAUCGCCUGCCGGCAGCUGCAACAGCAGAGCAAGGCUAGCAAGAUCCUCAUUGUAGACUGGGACGUGCACCAUGGCAACGGCACCCAGCAAACCUUCUACCAAGACCCCAGUGUGCUCUACAUCUCCCUGCAUCGCCAUGACGAUGGCAACUUCUUCCCAGGGAGUGGGGCUGUGGAUGAGGUAGGGGCUGGCAGCGGUGAGGGCUUCAAUGUCAAUGUGGCCUGGACUGGAGGUCUGGAUCCCCCCAUGGGGGAUCCUGAGUACCUGGCUGCUUUCAGGACAGUCGUGAUGCCCAUUGCCCGAGAGUUCUCUCCAGACCUAGUCCUGGUGUCUGCUGGAUUUGAUGCUGCUGAGGGUCACCCGGCCCCACUGGGUGGCUACCAUGUUUCUGCCAAAUGUUUUGGGUACAUGACGCAGCAACUGAUGAACCUGGCAGGAGGUGCAGUGGUGCUGGCCUUGGAGGGUGGCCAUGACCUCACAGCCAUCUGUGACGCCUCUGAGGCCUGUGUGGCUGCUCUUCUGGGUAACAAGGUGGAUCCCCUUUCAGAAGAAGGCUGGAAACAGAAACCCAACCUCAAUGCCAUCCGCUCUCUGGAGGCCGUGAUCCGGGUGCACAGUAAAUACUGGGGCUGCAUGCAGCGCCUGGCCUCCUGUCCAGACUCCUGGGUGCCUAGAGUGCCAGGGGCUGACAAAGAAGAAGUGGAGGCAGUGACCGCACUGGCAUCCCUCUCUGUGGGCAUCCUGGCUGAAGACAGGCCCUCGGAGCAGCUGGUGGAGGAGGAAGAACCUAUGAAUCUCUAAGGCUCUGGAACCAUCUGCCCGCCCACCAUGCCCUUGGGACCUGGUUCUCUUCUAACCCCUGGCAGUAGCCCCCAUUCCUGGGUCUUUAGAGAUCCUGUGGGCAGGUAGUUGGGAUGAGAAAACAGCCUGCCUGCCUUGACAGUCAUCCCAGGGAGCCUGAGAAAAUCCCUGGGUCUAGAAUGGGGACUGGAGAGGACCCUGAGAGGAGGCGGGCUGGGCAGCGACCCCCACAGGGCUCUCGAGAACACAUUCUCCCCUCCGGUGUGGGCCCUGGCUGUGGCCCCCAUUCCUCAGGACUGCACAGAGGAGGACUGGCUCCGGCUCCGUCGGGCUCACCCUUAACCACUAUUCCUGGCUCUGCAAACCCCAGACUUUGCACACAGCCCCGGGCUCCACACAGAAAUGUGAACUUGGCCUCAGACAGGCUGGCCCUUCCUAGGCUCUAGGGGCUGGCGGGUAGUGGCAGCCAAUAGGUCCCAUAUUCCUGAGUGCAGGGGGAGUGCCUCUUACCUGCUUCCUCAGAUGACUCUGGAAGCUUCCCCUUACCACCGGGCACUGAGACGAAGCUCCCUGACAGCCGAGACUGGCAGCCCUCUUCUGGUCUGUGCCCUCACCAGAGGCCCCCUACAUCAACCUCCUGGCGAUGCCCUGGUGGAGCGGAUGGGUGCUCUGGGAGUCGGGUGCUCUGGGAGUCCUGUGCUUCCUGAUCCAAUGGUGCCAAACCCUUCAUCUCCCCCAGAAGCACAGCAUACCCCUGGGACCCCUCGACCACUGCCCCCUCGGGGAGCCUUCUGUUUCUGGGGUCUCCCCCACCACAGCUCUGACUCCCACCCCACAUAGGACUAGCCUGGCUGAGGGGGAAGGGGUGGGAGAGAAGAUACAGACACGGAGGAGGGGAGGCUGCUCUGGCAAAGUCUUCAAGGCUUUUGGGGGUCCAGGCCUGGGGUCAAGAAGGAAAAUGUGUGUGAGCGUGUGUGUGAAUGAGGAGUGUGUGUGAGCGUGUGUGAGGGGUGUGUGUCUUUCCUAGGACCCACCAUACCCUGUGUAUGUAUGCAUGUUUUUGUAAAAAGGAACAAAAUGGAAAAAAAUCUGAACAAUAAAUGUUUUAUUUGCUUUAAAA